CACUGCUUUGGGAGAGAGAUAAGCGGUUCACCUGCACGUACCCUUAAAACACACAGACGACGAAGUCGUUAUAGCCAGUCGAGCUGCAGCGUGCGAGCCCAUAAAACGCCAACGUCCCGCAGUCGGAGCGACAAUUGAGUGUGAGGAGCGUGCCGCAAACGGAACGCGAAACCUUAAAAAAGAAUACGUUACAACAUUGAAUGAAAACCCGAUUUCGACAGACUGACAAAUUCACAGAAUGGCAAAUUCUAUUGCAUUGAAAUGCAAUUAUAUUUAUUUGCUAUGCCUAAUUGUGUUCGCAUGGCACAUGUGCGCUGCCAAGCAGCUGCCAUUGCCCGCCAAUGUCGCUGCCGCUGCAAGUGCAGCAACGACAACAACAAAGCCAACGUCAACACCAAUACAAACAAACAACAUCAGUAGUAGCAAUAGCGGCCAGCAGCAACUACGUCACGAAUCGUACGAUAAUGAUGACGACACAAUUUCGGACGCACAGCCCCUUGCGCCAUCGCGCCGACGUCGCCAAGUGUCCGAUUGGUUCAUUGCGCCCAACACACGCUGGUGUGGGCGUGGCAAUUUGGCAAAUGGGACGUAUAAUCAUUUGGGCGGCGCAUCGAUGGCAGACAAGUGCUGUCGGAAGCACGAUCACUGCAAGAUGUACAUACCGGCCAUGUCCAAUCGGUACGAUCUGUUCAAUUAUCGCCCUUAUACGCUGUCGCAUUGCAGUUGCGAUCGACGCUUCCGCACCUGCCUGAAAAUGGCCAGCGAUGAAGAUGCCAACACAAUUGGCAAGCUCUUCUUCAAUAUGGUGCAGACGCAGUGCUUCGUCCUUAAAACGGAAACUGUGUGUCAGCAGCGAGGCACAGGCAGCGACUCAGACAAAUGCCUGAAGGAAACCUUGCGCCACAAGGCUUACCUUAGGGAUAACAAGAAGUUUUAGACGCAGCUGGAAAUUCAUAUGAAACCAAAGCCAGCUUGUUAGCGGUCUUUUACGAACCAAACCUGCCAAGUGCGUCAGUGAACAAAAACAAAUUGGCAUUUGCCAUUAAGUUUGAAACCUAAUGGCAAACUAAUCUCAAGCACAGAUGAACAAGGAACCAACCUAAGCAACUGCUACACUUAAAACUCGUACUUACGUCAGACAUACAUUAUUACUAAACUAUACUC